GCGGGCUGCUGACGGGCAGCCGGGGAGGCCCCUGUCAGCCGGCCGCGGAGGGGCGUGCCUGCACUGGGGGUCCGGCAGCGCCGAGCCGAGCCGUGCCCAGGGCUGCCGAUCGGAGCCCAGCGCCGAGAUGGGGGUGGAGAUCGAGACCAUCUCUCCGGGAGACGGGCGGACGUUCCCGAAGAAGGGGCAGACGUGUGUGGUGCACUACACAGGAAUGCUACAGAAUGGAAAGAAGUUUGAUUCCUCCAGAGACAGAAACAAGCCUUUCAGGUUCAAGAUUGGCAGGCAAGAAGUCAUUAAAGGAUUUGAAGAAGGUGUUACACAGAUGAGCUUAGGACAAAGAGCAAAGCUGACCUGCACACCUGAGAUGGCCUACGGAGCCACAGGCCACCCUGGGGUCAUCCCUCCCAAUGCCACGCUCCUCUUUGAUGUGGAGCUUCUCAGGUUGGAGUGAGUCUUCUAGUGGGAACUGGCUUGGAGGCACCUCUCCAUAACCAUCCCUUCCUUCUCACCCUCCCAGCAGCGGGGGAGAUCUUCACUGGAAUCCUAAUCUUCCUGCUCAAGCUGUCAUAUCAGUAGCGCCUGCCAUUAGGUUUCUUAAGCCUUUCUUUCUCCUUUCUUCUUAGACUUUGUGGUGUCCAUAUUUGCCUUUCAUUGGAAGCUUUGCUUUGGGCAAGAUGUCUGCUGUUGUAACAUUCUCAAGUUGUACAUUUUAUUUAAUCUGCAUGUGAUGAGAAUUCACAGUGAUGAUUGAAAAUAUAUAUAAAUAUAAAUAUAUAUAUAUAUACAUAUAUUCCUUAUUGAAAAACCACUGCCUUACUGUACACUUAAACCAAGAAAAAGAAAACAAAACACAAAAGGUGCUCAAAAACUCCAGUGUACGCCUUGUACAUGAACGGGCAUUAGCCAAACAGAGUUACCUGCGCUGCCACUUUUCUCAACUUGUACGUUCUGCUUGCUGCUGUUUUAAACAAUACUGUCUCAUUUAAGAAUGACGUAUAUAUAUAAACAAUAAAACCUUGAUACUUUACAGUU